GUGUUGCAGGCCUCCUUUAAUUAGCAGAGUGACGCAGAAUGCCGCGUGACAGCUGUGAAGGAAAGUUGGAAGGAGCUGCUGAGUUACAUCAAUGCAACCAAAAUAAUCAACGUCCUUCUCAUGCAGCACCCAGGAAAGUCAGCAACUUUGUCACCUGUGCAUUUGUUUUGGCAACAGAGGAAUUUUGUCCUGCAUGUAGAAAAAAGGAGAAAUGGUAAUUUCUGUGGAAAAGAAAGAUAUGGACACCCAGCCUACUGGACCUGUUUGUGGUGAAAGACCUGCAGUCCACGGGGAAAUGACGUUGUUCCAGAAAACUUCUACACCUUGGAGGAAAAGGGACUCCAAAUGCAAAGCAGAUCUCCAUGUGGAGUGCAGGGAGCCCCGGGGAUCCUGUUAGCCACCUGUUACUAAUAUCUCAACUGGAGCAUGAUGGUCGUCUCCUUCUUCUCCUGUCGGCUCCGGUGUAAUUUGACGUGGAGAUGCUCGUUAUGGCAGAUCAAAAGCAGCCAUCUGUGCUCUGUCAGCUCGCCUCAGACAGAGAGGGAGGUGAGACGAGAUGAUCUACAACAUGCAGAUCAGACGGAGACACAGACAGGGGUAGAGUCAAGGAGAAACACACAGACAAACUUGGACAGAGGACAACACUCGCUAUUGAUGGUCAGGGAAUCCCUCCAACGUGAAGAUGAGGUUGGAGCCAUUGCAAUGGGAGGCAGAGAAUAACACCCCAGACAUCUAUCAACUCUGCCAAGUCCUUGAGGUCUUUGUCAGCAGGUGCCAUGCCUCCUUCCAGUCAGAUUCACCUAUAAUACUUCUACAGGGCCAUGAUCAGACAGACAGACGAAAGCGCUGUGACAUUUGGUAUCCCCUAUUUGAAUGUGACCUGUAUAUUGCCUCAGUGGGGAUGCUGAUGCAGAUCACUGCUGCAAAAAGCAAAGGGUCAUCCGGCGAAAACGUUGAGCUCAGCCCACCUUCUGCUGAAACAAAUGCUCAUCUGGCCUGCUCCAUCAUGGGAGACGAAAAUGUUUUGCCUGGAAUCCCCCAAAACUACUUGAAUCACCAGCAGUACAACUGGACUUCUCACAAUCAGUGACUCAAAGGAGGUGUUAACUACUUUUCUUCCACAAAGCGCCUCCCGUUAUCUCCGCUGCCGCUGCGCAGGAGCCAGAGGGGCCAGUGCUGCUGAGAUUCCCACUCCGCAGAAAAAGUUUUCCGUUUGUUGUGAGGAUAAAAAAGAAGCCGGAAGAGCCGAGGAGUCGUCUGCAGAAGAAGCGGAUUCUACCGUUGCGAGUUUGACGACCCCAAGAAGAUGAGGAACCAGCUUUGACCACCAUCGGAUGUCCACCUUCCUCGGACCCUUUGGCAACACAUCCAACAAACUCUCCAAGAGGGGGCUUUGACUGAUCUUUUCCCAGGAGGAUAAAACUUACCAAGACAGUGUACCGAGUUCAUCAUCAGGACUCUCAAACUGUGUGAAGUCUUUGGGAUAAUCUGGACUGAACUACCUUCAAGAGAAUCUGGUGGGAAACAGAUUAAUUGAAGCUUCCACAAGCUGAACUGACGUUGGCUUUGAACUUUUUGUUCUCUCUAACUGAACUCUUCGUCUGAUUCUCCUUCCUUCAGAAAGCCAAGUACCCUUUCAAAGGGUCUUGGACAUUGUUGAAAUCGUUAUUGAGGAGCAGCCAUUGUCUCCUUUUUUUAACAUUGUUGGGACCCUUUCCUUACGUCCAAACAUGGACCUUCACAGGGCAGCCUUCAAGAUGGAGAGCUCCUCCUACCUCCCAAAUCCCCUGGCCUCUCCAGCCCUCAUGGUCCUGGCCUCCACAGCUGAAGCAUCUCGGGAUGCCUCGAUUCCCUGCCAGCAGCCACGUCCAUUUGGCGUCCCAGUUUCUGUUGAAAAAGACGUCCAUUUGCCAUUCAACAAUGGUUCUUACACUUUUGCAUCAAUGUACCAUCGCCAAGGUGGAGUACCACCGGGAUUCCCAAAUAGGGAUUUUCCUCCAUCCCUCCUCCACCUCCAUCAUCAGUUUGCCCCACCUAACCUGGACUGCUCGCCCAUCAGCAUGCUGAACCACAGCGGCGUCGGCGCCUUCAGGCCUUUUGCUUCGCCUCCAGAGGAUCGAGACGGAGUGCCAGGCGGGUAUCAGUCCGCUUUCACCCCAGCAAAACGCCUCAAAGGCUGCAUGGACGCAGAGGCUUCACCCCACCUGCGGUACUCUGACGCAGAGGGGAAAGAGUACGACUUUGGUGGUUCCCAGAUCCCUCCUGGAAGCUCCCCCAGCAGCGCCUUGAAAGCAGUGGAGGACAGUGGGAAAAAGAUCUUUGCGGUGUCUGGCCUCCUUUCUGAUCGAGAGACUUCCUCCAGCCCUGAGGACCGCAUCGAGCGCUGUAAAAAGAAGAUGUCUCUGUACGACAGCCAGGCUCCAAUCUGUCCCAUCUGCCAGGUGCUGCUCAGGCCCGGAGAGCUUCAGGAACACAUGGAGACAGAGAUAGAGCGGCUAGCCAGCAUAUGUCUCAGUAAGAACACCUCACCCAAGGAUGGAGCAGCCACUCCAGGGACCCCCAAGUCGAUGCUGUUGUCGGUGCACAUCAAGCGUGAGGGAGAGUCUCCCGUGGUCUCGCCUCUGUCCUCUGAAGACAUCCAUCACUCAGACAGAUACCAGGUCACACUCAUUCACAGACACACACAAACACACAUACAGAUACACACAAUGACACAAACAGAAAGGUUGAGCACUAAACACAUUCAUUCACUCCAGGUUCUUUCUCAUCAAGCCUCAGUUUACUUCUCUAGAAAGGUGUUGGCAGGCUUCCUAGGCUGA